AGGGAGAGAGCACCGGAGAGAGAGAGAGAGAGGCCGUUUAAACUAAGAGCUAUGUUUUGGGACAAGCUAAUCUGCCAGAGAGCAGUGUGAGGAUCGGAGCGCAUUGUGUGAGGGAGUGUGUGGGGCACAGAUAAGGGAACAAGGCUGCCACAGCUCCGCUGCUUGUUUUAAUGUGCUGACUCUGGGGAGAUUAAAAAAAUUGACUCUUCAGUCCUGUUCCGAAACCUUGGGCACUAGUGCCACAUCUAACAGAGGUGUACCAAAAAGAGGGGAGACCAGGGUGACAGAAACCCAAAACAAAACAGCCCACAGAAGAUUUUUUUUUAUUUCAUUUUUUACAUUUUUUUUUUCCCGGGACUGACUCCCGUUUCCGUUACAGAGGGGGAAACAUACGUAGAAAAGAAGAAACGGUAACAAAGAAAAGGUCUGACUACAAGAUGUUCGAAAUCAGCAGAACACUCAACGCAGCGCUGUUAAGCAACGAGGGAUCGACAGAGACACAGUGGCGUCAGGCAGAACUCCCACAGCUACAGGGCUGGGCAGAGAAGGGGCUGCUGACACAGCCAAAGAUGAUAAUUAGCAACAUAGAGCCUCAGGUCACGAAUGGGCCGAGCGCUACCACGGCCAAUGGGCCAUCCAGCAACAGCCGGAGCUGCCCGUCACCCAUGCAGACCGGCAGCUCCAACGACGACAGCAAGACCAACCUCAUCGUCAACUACCUGCCGCAGAACAUGACCCAGGAAGAGUUCCGCAGCCUUUUCGGCAGCAUCGGGGAGAUCGAGUCCUGCAAACUAGUGCGGGACAAGAUCACAGGACAGAGCCUGGGCUACGGAUUCGUGAACUACAUUGACCCAAAGGAUGCGGAGAAAGCCAUCAACACAUUAAACGGACUCAGACUUCAAACCAAAACCAUCAAGGUAUCAUACGCACGGCCCAGCUCAGCCUCCAUCCGAGACGCCAACCUCUACGUAAGCGGCCUCCCCAAGACCAUGACGCAGAAGGAACUGGAGCAGCUCUUCUCCCAGUACGGGCGCAUCAUCACGUCCCGCAUCCUGGUGGACCAGGUCACAGGCGGUUCACGGGGCGUGGGCUUCAUCCGCUUCGAUAAGAGGAUAGAGGCGGAGGAGGCCAUCAAGGGGCUCAACGGGCAGAAGCCGUCCGGUGCCACCGAGCCCAUCACCGUGAAGUUCGCCAACAACCCCAGCCAGAAGACCAGCCAGGCCCUGCUCUCCCAGCUGUACCAGUCCCCCAAUCGCCGGUACCCAGGGCCGCUGCACCACCAGGCCCAAAGGUUCAGGCUGGACAAUUUGCUUAAUAUGGCCUAUGGCGUAAAGAGCCUGCAGGACAGUAAACCCAGCAUAAGGUUUUCCCCCAUAACCAUCGACAGCAUGACAAGCCUGGUGGGCAUGAACAUCCCCGGACACACAGGGACGGGAUGGUGCAUCUUCGUCUACAACCUGUCCCCGGACUCGGAUGAGAGCGUCCUGUGGCAGCUCUUUGGGCCGUUCGGCGCCGUCAACAACGUCAAGGUCAUCCGCGACUUCAACACCAACAAGUGCAAGGGGUUCGGCUUCGUAACCAUGACGAACUACGACGAGGCGGCCAUGGCCAUCGCUAGCCUGAAUGGGUACCGGUUGGGUGACCGCGUCUUGCAGGUCUCCUUCAAAACCAAUAAGACCCACAAGUCUUGAAGGCCAUGAUGAAAAGCCCGUUCGCCACCGACACCACCGCCCAACAGCUGCCCACCACUGCAACUUCAGACAGGAAAUCAAACAAACAGAACUGUAAAUGGCUUAUAAUAUAACUUUGGACCUAUAAGCCAACGCUGCCUAAGUAUUACUAAAUUAAGAGAGAAAAAAUAGUGAUUUGGAAAACCUAUAACAUUGUGGGUUUUCUCUUGUGUAUCUUUUCCGUUAUUAUUUUGUUUUCUCUUCUCUGUAAACAGUAGCAAAACCAGUUCCCCAUAUUUCAAAGAAGAGAAUGUUCUUACUUAAAUUCUAUUUUCUUGCUGUUGUUUUAGGAUUUCUUUUUUAAAUCCGGAUCCACUGUCCUUAGAAUAUUGCCUUCCUGGGAAAUUUAGGGAGGGGACUCUUUAUAAAGUAAGUGACCGCUCAUUCAUUUUCCGUGGGAUAUGGAUACCCCCGUUUAAAGUAGUAGGGAUAACACAAACAUUUUUUCCUCUGAUGCAGAAAAAAAGAGAAUUUCUAACAUGUUUUCGUUUUGUAUUACAAACACGUCUUUCCUCACUGGGGAUUGGGAGCUGGGGGAGAGGGAUGGGAUGGGAUGGGAUGGGAUGGGAUGGGAGAGCUUUCCUGAUGACAUGACACGUUAGGUGAUUUAAAAACCACUGUUGCCAAAGAGAAGAUCUCUUUGCUUGAAAAUGCGUUUAGAAAAAUAAAAAUAAAGAGAAGAAAAUCUAUUUUUAUAAAUAUUAAUUAAAAUAAUAAUUAUUGAAGAAUUUUUACAUGAAUCUGGAUUUGAAAAAAGAGAAAAUAUUUUGACUGGCUAAUUUGGGAGGGGUGGGUUGCCACCUUGUCUUGUUCGUUCUGCUGUGGAACUUUUUAGGAUAAGAGGUUGUUUGUUUUUGGAGGACUGGAUCGGUGAUGGUUACGUAGGCGGGAGGUUUUCUUGAGGGAUGCAAACACAGGCAGGUGAUCGUAACUUCGUAACUUUUCUUAGUGCGUAGCUAUCCGAAGGCGAGGUCCGAUGGGGGAGAGGGUGCAGGGGGCAUCCCAGGCGUAAACGUCCUCACAGUCCAGAGCCCAAACCAAGGCGAUGCGUUGUCUACUCGUUUUCUGUCAUCAGUCUACAGAAUAUCGGUAAAGAAUACACAUGUCCAUUUAGAAAACACACCUUGUUUUUUCUCCUUCUUUCUUUUAAUUUUGUGGAAAGGAAAACGUUUUCAAUGAAACUUCCUUUUAGCGAUCAGCAGUAGGUGCUAUAUAACAUGACUCACAUAUCUUAAAUAUCCAAGUUUGUUGUUCUAUGUGUUGUUUAGAAAAAAACUUCGAUGUUGGCAUUGAAUUGAGCUGCUGUUUUUUGUUUUUAAUUGUUGGCCCUCAUCAGGACUGAAUCGGGGCCUUGUAAGAAUCACUUAACACGUUUUUUUGGCUUGCUGACUUUUAGGUUAAUUGCUGAGUGUGAAGCGUUUUGUCAGAAUUCAAUAAUUAGCUAGUUUUGUUAGUCUAGGUAUUUGUUUCCACAAAGGAGCUAUUUAAAAGGUACAGCUGUGUCUUUAUUUGUUGUGUACAAAUGAAUAAUAUAUAGUCUGAUUUUUUUGUUCCACAAUAUCUAUAUCUAUAUGAGUUGUCAAUGUUUUUGUUUAAGCUCGUCUUUUUCAUAUGACAGCUUUAUAAAGUGAUGGUUCAGUUACUUAGAAAACUCGUGAGGAAUCCUGUUUAAUAUGUUGUCAUGUCGCUUGUGGAAAAAAAAAUCGUUUUUGAAUUUACUUUUAGUUAACUGCCGCGGCAAAGAAAAAAAGAUGAACAAAAGCUUCGAAAAUAAUUGUAUUUAUUUAUUAAUCGAUCGUUUCAUGGAUUAAUUUAUUUAUUUAUCUGGAUUAUUUAUUUAUUUGUUACGUUGUCUGUGUUCUUGCGUGAUUCUGGUAUGGGGAGGGGGGAGUAUCUGAACAAAAAGGGAACAAAAUGACUAGGGGGGAGGCUCUUCCAUUAGUCCAGUGCACUGAAACCUUUUAGAACGUUUGUGCUUUGUACCAAUAUAUCGAAAUUACAAUAUAAAAAAUAAAAAAAGGGGAAAACAAAAAAAAUGUCAAGAGGGUUGGUGACGCUCUUCCCUGAUUACUAGAAAACAGUUACUCGCUAUGCAUAACCUAGUUGAUAGUUAAAUUUGCUAUUGCUUUUUUCUUGUCUUGUUACACUAAAUCUUUAAAUCUUUUUCAAUAAAGUUUAGUCUUACUAGAAUGUUA